AUGGAAGACUCAACUGAAGAUAUAAUUAAAAGUUUUACUCUUGAACAAUCACCAGAAAUAAAACCCAAACCGAAAUCUAAAACUUCAGAUUUAACAGAUAUAGUCUAUGCUAUGGAUGACGACCUGAUAAAGAUGAAAAAAUUCACUAUAUUUGACGACAAGUAUGAUCAAAAUGUCAGUGAUUCAGAGCAUGAUUUAACGCCAAUUAAAAGAAAGCGCCAACAGCAACCACCACCACCACAACAACCUUCAAAAUUUUCAUCAUCAAUCCCACAAAAACCUACUUUGCUGCCCAAGAAAUUGGCAUCUUCACCAACAAAGAAUUACACUGAUCAUAUCAAUCAAUUACGAUCAGGUCCAAAUAGUCCUAAAAAGUAUCAGGAAGAUGAAAAUGUCCGAUCAUUAAAAUAUGAAAUCAAAAGAUUAAAACAAGAACAAAAUUUGAAAUUGGAAAAUUUACAAAAUAAAAUAGAGUAUUUAACUAAAGAACGAGACGAAUUACAAGAUCAACUUACGUCAAUGUCUUUUGAAAAUGAUAAAUUGGCUAAGAAGAAUCGUUCACUUUCUCAUGAAAAUAAUCAUUUGACUUUAGAAAACUCAAAAUUGAAAACUAAAGAAUAUUCUAACGAGGACCUACAGUUGGAGAAGAAUAAGCUACAAAGAAUGAAUAACACAUUGAGAAGUGAAAGGGAUGAAUUGGUCAAGGACUUCAACCUAACUAGAGAUAAAUUGAAGAAAUAUUACGACUUAUAUCUACAUUGUCAGAAAAACCAUGUUAAUGUUAAGAGUCAGAGAACAGAAGUAGGUGGAGAUAAGCCAACGGCAGAUAAUAUUUCAACUAAUGAGGAAUUAGUCGAUAUAUUGAGAAAACUAUCUGAAAUGAUGAUAGAUCAAAAUAAAAUGCUGGAACCAAUUGCAGCUAUUGAAAAAGACAAACCAAGUGAAGAUAAGACAUCUCUGCCCAAUUUUGACAGUUCAAAAGAUGCACCACGGAUUGUUUCAGAGUUUUUAGAAGAAUUCAUCAAGAGGAUUGUUGAAGAAAUGCUGGCUAAUAGCAAAAGUGCACCAUCUUCCAAGCAGCAUAUCAAUUCAGAGAUGUACUCUCAACCAAACAAUUUUUCAAAUAAUACCAUGCCUCCUUCUCAAUCUGCUGCUUAUAUUCCUUCAAAUAGUCAACCAGCACCACGACCAGCAGCAGCAGCAGCAGCUAACAUUUAUAGCUCUUCAACACCCAAUACAAACGGUUACAAUCAGUCACUGCAUUCAAAUGAUCGACCAAAUACUUUUGAGUUGCCUCGUGUGGAAAGAGAUCAUUGGACCGAUAGGCCUCCUAGUGAACGAUCUACCCAGUCAACGAAAUAUAUGAAGAUGGAUCCAGAAGAAAUUAGGAAGUUGGUAGUAAUUAUAACUGAUCAAUUGAAGAAAGAGGAGAAUAAUGAAAAAUCAUCAAAUACGCUAGAUCUGGAGACUCCAAUAGAAAAAUGUCAAUGCUGUCAUGGUAAUCCAAGAAAUGUUAAUGAACCUACUAAUCAGAAACUAUGUCAGAGUUGUUUGAACAAAGGAGAUUUUACAAUGUCAGAAUUUAUGGGCCAUUCCAAUUGA